AUGGCGGGGUCCAAUGGCACAAUUGGAGAUGAGUCUUUCACUCAUCAGCAAGUCUUUAAGCUGGACAUGGAUGCUGCCACCAGCACUGAAACUGCAGUGGCUGUGUUAACAUCUCUGUUCUUCUGUUUUGUAAACUGUGUGAUGCUCUUUGCUCUAAGAAGCAAGCGCAUAUUCCAUGAGACGCCACGUUACAUUCUUUUUGGCCACAUGCUUAUGAAUGACUCUGUGCUUUUGCUGGUCACAACUAUUAUGUACACAUUGGCUCUUUGCUUUUUUCCAAUACCCAAAUCUAUUUGCACCCUGUUAGUCUUUAUAUCAUACUGUACUUUCUUUAAUGCUCCUCUGACACUAGCACUAAUGUCUCUGGAGCGGUACGUGGCUAUCUGCUUCCCUCUGAGGCACUGCAACAUCGCCACACCAAAAAGGACAGGAAUUGCCAUAGGAUUCAUCUGGCUUCUUAGUUCUAUAAAUAUUAUAGCCGACAUUAUUCUUGCUUUGGUCGUCAACCCCAAUUAUUUAGCAGAUAUUGCAUUCUGCACACUAGAGAAAUUGUUUAUAGCCAAAUGGCAGAUAGAUAAAUCUCAAGGGUUUGAUGUUCUUUAUUUUGUGUCAGUUGCAGUGAUCAUAAUUUUCACAUACAUUAGCAUAAUGAUCACAGCCAGGUCUGUUUCCUCUGAUAAAGAUUCUGCUAAGAAAGCCCUCAAAACGGUGCUCUUGCACUUGAUUCAGCUGGGACUGUGUCUCACCUCUUUCCUGUAUGCAACAAUAGAGAGAACACUAUACACAGUGAUUGGAAGUGGCUCUUCUCUCUUUAUAAAUCUGAGAUAUGUAAAUUAUCUUAUUGUUCUUAUUCUGCCACGUUGCCUGAGUCCUCUGAUCUAUGGUAUGAGAGAUGAAGCUGUGUGGCCCUUAUUUAAAUAUUUUUUGUGCUAUUGUUCAGGCAAAGUAAGGCCCUCUGUUAUCAUACAUUAA